GCGGCGCGAGGGCCGGGGGCGCGCCCGCUGGCGGCGGCCGGGAGCGCGGCGGCGCGGCCAUGGCUCCGUGGGCCGGGGCGGCGCUCUGGAGGCUGAGCCCCCUGCGCGUGGUGUGGCUGGCGCUGGCCGCCGCCUUCCUGCUGGCCUUCCUGCUGGCCCUGCUGCUGCAGCUCGCGCCGCCCCGCCUGCUGCCCGGCUGCGCGCUCUUCCAGGACCUGAUCCGCUACGGGAAGACCCGGGGGGCCGCGCCGCCGCGCCCGGCCCUCUGCCGCAGCUUCGAGGUCCCCAAGAGGUACUUCUCUCACUUCUACGUCAUCUCAGUGCUGUGGAACGGCUUCCUGCUUUGGUGCCUUACUCAAUGCCUGUUCCUGGGAGCGCCCUUCCCAGACUGGCUGUACACUCUACUCAGAAUCCUCGGGGCCGCGCAGUUCCGAGGGGGUGAGUUGGCGCUGUCCGCGUUCUUAGUCCUGGUGUUUCUGUGGCUGCACAGCCUGCGGAGACUCUUCGAGUGCCUCUACGUCAGUGUCUUUUCCAGCGCCGUGAUUCACAUCGUGCAGUACUGCUUUGGACUCGUCUACUAUGUCCUCGUCGGCCUAACCGUGCUGAGCCAGGUGCCGAUGGACGGCAGGAAUGUCUAUGUGGUAGGGAAAAAUCUCUUGAUGCAAACUCGGUGGUUCCAUAUCCUCGGUAUGAUGAUGUUCAUCUGGUCAUCGGUCCAUCAGUAUAAGUGCCAUGUCAUUCUCGGCAAUCUCAGGAAAAAUAAAGCCGGAGUGAUCAUUCACUGUAACCACCGGAUCCCCUUCGGAGACUGGUUUGAGCAUGUUUCUUCCCCUAACUACUUAGCAGAGCUGAUGAUCUACAUCUCCAUGGCCGUCACCUUGGGAUUCCACAACAUAACUUGGUGGCUCGUGGUCACAUACGUCUUCUUCAACCAGGCCCUGGCUGCUUUCCUCAGCCACAAGUUUUACAGAAGCACAUUUGCCUCAUACCCGAAGCAUAGGAAAGCUUUCCUGCCAUUCCUGUUUUGAGCUAACCUCAGUCAUGAAGGAUGCAGGCCGGGUGACUGGUUCAAUUCCUAAGGACAAGGAUCUCUAGAGACCAAAGUGCAGUUUCGGCAGAACGGUUAGAAAACUCUGUUUUUAUACCCCGGAGUCUUCACCGGAUGAGCAAAGCAAUAUCCGUCAAGAAAAUGAAAACUUCAAAGAAUUGCUUCUGGCAGACCCGGGAGUGCUGAGAUGCUUUAUAAAACCAACCAACCGCUAAAAACUGGAUGAGACUCCUCCAGGCUGCUUCAAAGCAAACUAACCCAGAGCGUGCACACAGCUCCAGAUAUGCACCUACAUGUGCAAAGAAAGAGAUGAGGUCACCUGGGCUUUGUCAGGGACAAAUGAACUGGACAUCAUAUAAGUAAUACAGUAAGGUGGCAUCGUAAUAAAAGCAGAAUAGCUUUUGAAAAUAACAACAAUGUACAAUUCCACACCAAAAGAUUCAGGGAACAACAAGUCCAUUGUAUGUAGUUAAUUUAUACUCUCACAUAUUUCCACGGAGAUUUCCAGUAUGGAAUCAUCACUAGUCAUUUCCCCUCCUCUCCUCCUCAAAUCAUAGCCCAGCAGAAAGUCUGAAACCUCUCUGAUUGAAUACUUCUUGGCAUCCCUUUCAGGAGAGUACCUCAAAAAUGAAAGCAUCUGAAAAAAUAAAGUAUUUUUGUAUUCGUGCAUCAGAAGCCUUGAAUGAAAUUGAGUUACACUUCGGAUUAGGUAGUGCUGUAUGUAGCCUUAUUCAUAUGUAGUUAUUCAAAUUGGAUUAAUGUCUGCCUGAAUUUAUUUUAACUAAUAGAAUGAAUCUGAAGCUACUGAAGAUUGAAGUUAACACAUAAAAUAUCUUGUGUUAAAAUACCUACGGUUAAAUCAAAGGGAAAUAAAUGCAUUAUGUGAAAGAAAAAUAAACCUGAAAAACAAUGCUGAGUGAUGCACCAAAAUUUCACAUUCCUGCAGCAUUAGAUGUACUGGCUCAUUGACUGAGAUAUUAACUUUAUUUCUAUUAUGUAGGUGUAAUAUUUUGGUCUACGCAGUACUAAAAUUUUGCAUAAAUAUACUACUAUACGUUGCUGUGGAAGAAAGAACAUAAUUAGGAAUCUGACACAUUCCUAACAGAGUCUACAUAUUUCCUCUCCUUUCUUACCCUCAAGUAGAAGACCAAAGCUGUUAAACUGAAAUGCUUUUUAUUAAAUUUUAAUUUAGCAUGUCAAAGCAUAUUCUAAAGUUCUUACAAUAAUUCUGUAGUAUUUUUCCUCCCAUCAUUCAAAUACCAUUUCAAUUAAUUGCUCAGUCUAUUCCAAUAAAUGACAUAUUUCUUUAUUACUUAGAUUUGCCAUCUUCAGGACCGGGAUUCAGGAAAUAAACUUUCUACAUUGGAAAUAUAAAGCAUAUUAUAGUUUGGCCUUAACGUCCACACCAAUGGCAUGAAUAAUUUUUAACAGCAAAUUAGUUGGGAGGAAAUGUAUUUUGCUUUAGCAUGCCAUUUUACACUAGGUCAGACUAGGAUUUGGCCAAGGAUCUGGAAUUUCACUGUGCUUUUAGCUAAAGUAAUGAGCAUCCCUGUGAAGAACCAUUCUCAGGGCCUUGAUUAAGUGCCCCCAGUCCUUGCUAUCCUUGCUGUCCCUUGGACACUCUUUCAUGCCCCUUACUUUACUUUCCCCUUUCUUGCCCAAACACUGCAUUUCUGUGUGAAGAUAGAAGAGGAAGUCAUAAUGUCCUCAGAGGGGUUUAAAACAAAGUAGCCUGUGUGGUCUUUGACAAAAGCUCAGCCAAGGAGAACGAUUGAGAAUGGCGCGGCACUUGCAAGAUCACAAUCAGCACUGCUUUUUGUGUCAGUGAAAAUUGUCCCUGUGCCUAAAGGGAGGGCACCAAAGAGAGUCAGCAAAUUCAUCACACAGAGAAUCCAGAAAUCACUUAGGGAUGGGGACUUGAUUUUCCUGCAAGCUUAGUUGAACAACCUCAUUUCAUCUCUAUUACUAUUAAAUUAGGGGGAAAUGAUACUGAACUACCUCAUAAUAGCAUUCCCUGGGUUAACUACUGUCUA